AUGGGUGUUAAACCUUGCACUUGCGAUAUGUGUAAUUAUAGUUUUGAUGUAGGUAAGCUCCAAUGGGAGGGAAAAGUAUCGAGUGAUUUUGUAACAACACAUAGAAAUUUAUGGUCUUUACUUGCACUAACUAAAGGUAUCACAAAAUAUAGUAAUAUACCGAAAGAUAAUGAAUUAUAUAUUAUUGCUUCUAAAAACGAAUUUCUUAUUACAGAUAUUCUUGAAGAGUUAUUGUCAAUAAUCGACAAAAAAACUAUUAAGAAUUUUAACGAUAUAAAUUUCUCUUUAGUCGAUAUGGAUUUAUCUAAAUUAGAAGAAAAAAGUAUGAAAAAAAAAUUCAAAACAUUAUAUGAUGAUUUAGCCAAAAUAAUUAAUGAGUUAUACGAUGUUAAGGAAUAUGAAAGAAUUUUAAAUAAUAAAGAUAAUAAACGUAUGCAUUCGAUGAUUACUCAUCAUGAUUCAGAAUGGAAAGAAUAUUUUAAGAAAAUUUAA